UAAAUCGAACCACGUAAAAUCUCUGUGUCGUGAUCUGCAUUUUCCUGCAUUCAUCACCGUCGAAAAUUCGCGGAUUCAUCAGUUACCAAUUACCACUUUCUCUCCUAUCUCUCCGCAACCGGAAAAUUCGUUUCUUCUUUUAUCCCUUGGAUAUCUCGAAUCAUAUUCCUGAUUCCUCUGUAUCUCUUCACCUAAAACAAACUCGCGAAAUUCAAUUGAAAAGGAGCGAUGAGGAGGUGUGAGCUGUGCAAAGCGAAGGCGCGGACGCACUGCGCGUCGGAUCGGGCGAGCUUGUGCUGGGAUUGCGACGCCUCCGUGCACUCGGCUAGCUUCCUAGUGGCGCGGCACUCCAGGAGACUUCUCUGCGACGUCUGCCAGUCGCCGAUGCCGUGGACGGUCUCUGGCGGAAAGAUCGCCCCUACCGUCUCCGUCUGCGAACAAUGCGCCGGUCAGGAGCUGUGCGAAGGCAGCGGUGGAGGAGAGUCGGAGGAGGACCAUCAGAUCGUUCCUUGCUCGCCGCUGCCGUGUUCCAGCGACGAUGAGGCGAUUGACGGUGGAAACGUCGUCGUUUGGCGGAAGAAGAUGAGAAUUGAGGCGGAUCGGAGCUGCGCGAUGUCUCGGCGUGCUCCUCCGGAUAUGCUCCACCGUCAAGAUACGGGUUCUGAAUUUCUAAAAGCUGAUGAGAUUCGGUUGUGUAUAUAAUUUAAAUGACAAAAAACUUCGGAAAUAUUAAUCUGGGAAUUCUGUUUAGAUUUGAGAUUUGGUUGAAUUUAGUUUUGAUUGUGACUUGGGGUUGAGCCUACGAAUAAUUGAGUUGAUAUGAAUUCAUUAUGUUUUAUUAUGAGUGCGAAUUUAUAUGCGUAUCA